AUGAGCAACCAAGGACCACCACCACAAACACCCACCCUCCGCCGGAGAAACUCAAUAGCCACCUCAUUUGUUAUCCCCACAAAGCUCUCCCUCCACACCACCAGUCUCCCUCCAUCACACUUAAACGGCACCCUUCCUUCUCACCUUGACAUCUCCCUCCUCCCCCUAAAAUCCUCUUUAUCCUACACUUCUAUUAAAGACCUUCUCCCUUCCGCCACUGUUAACUCCCCAACAUCGGCUACUUCCAACACCACUUCCACCUAUGAAAUUCCCAUCCGCAACCGCCUUGUUAAGCAAGCUGCCUGGGCUUACCUCCAGCCCAUGUCCUCCUCUCCUGAUUCCUCUAGCACCCACUUCCUCCGCCGUCUCUGGCUUCGCUUAUCCACCAAGAAUCCAAUCACUGCUUGUUUUGGGUUCAUCAGCGUUCGUGUCAUUCCGAGCAUAACUAAUGCUUUUGAUCGGAUCCUCCGUGCCAUUCGAUUCCACUUCAACAAAUAACAGUGACUCAGUGUCAAUUUCAGUGUGUGUAUCUGAUUCAGCUCGAGUCAAAGUUGCAAACCCAUAAAUGAUUUAGAAAACAAAGAAAGAAAGAUAUCAUGUACAAGAAGAUUUUUUUUUUUCCUGUUUUUCUAAUGUUUGGAUUUUUUGUACAGUGUUUCUUUUGUUACAAAUCUUCUUUUCA